AUGGACAAGUGCCUAGCCACCGUGGCAAUGAGAUCCACGAGGCAACCCGCGAAUGAAAUUGCGUCGCAAAUUGCAAAGUGGAUGGUCGAGCCAUCGGUAUUCGACGGAACACGGCAUCGUGGCUCCACUAUGAGGACAUACGAUUUCUUGGGUCCACGCAAUUCAGGGCAGGGCCUUGUUAGUACCUGUGGCUGUGGCGUGGCGCGGCUUGGCUGUCCUUACUGGUUCACAGUAACUGUUCACCACAGUCAAAGUGUGAUUAUCCCAGUACACACAGUAAGUUGUUGGGAUUGUACUGCCACUACCGAAAUAGAAAUUUUCCGCAAACUCCGAAUCUUGGAAACAUCCUGGUUCGUCCGUCGGGUUGGGAACUGGCUCUCAUCCCGAUUCGCUCAUUUUGCGGUUGUGGCUUUGACCAGUUGCCACCGCAUGACUGGAAAUUGGGUUCUGCCUGUUCAAGACACAGGUCUUGGAAUGUUGUACACUGGUCGGGUAUAUCGGCCCGGAUGGGAGAGGAUCGUCGGAGUUGUCGGGGAUUUCGCGAGUGCGGAUUCGUCGACCCUUCGAGAAAGCGCAGUGCAACUAGGCUGUAGAUGGAAAGGGCACCGUAGGGUGACUGAUUGUUUGCUCCCUGUUGCGGUUUCAUCUUGCAGAGCAUACGUUGCCCUGAAGCCACUCGGUCCCGCUACUGAUCGAGAAUCAGUCCUGUCAUUUGAUGGUCAUCUGACAAGACCCUUAAUGCCUCAAGUCAUGGAAUGUCGCUGCCUCAGGUGGCUGAGUGUCCCGUGUCUUCAUCCUUGUAAUCUUAUCGAGACUCAGCCCAACUUCACCAUCACUGGCACAAUGGGUCCGUUCUAUCCAGCUGCGCCUCUUGACGCACUCCGCACUAGUGUUAUCUGA